AUGGAACGAGUUAUAAUUUUACCUAAUGAAUCAACGAAUUAUAAAAUUGUACUGAUUGAUGGUAAACAAUAUUUAUUAAAUGUUGAGAUAUAUGAGAUUAAUGUUGUGGAUGGUAAUGACAUAAAACAUAAUGGUGAAGCUGUGAAAUCUUAUAUUUUUGAAUCAAACCCUGGGAAAGUUUUAAAAUCUGCAAAUACAAUAGUGGCUACUAAAUUUGAUAUAACGUGGUUAUUAAUAAGGUAUUUCUGUAAAAAUGAUCAAAAUUAUAAAACGGUUGAAGAUAUUAAAGAUUCUUGUGGUAUGGAUGAACUACCAGAUAAUUUAAUGAUUAAAUCAUUUGAAAAAAUCUGUGAUUCAAUAGUUGAAGGUGAUGAGUAUUUUUAUAAAUAUUCAAAGGAAAAUGCAUUAAAUUGGGUGAAUGGUAAAGUUUUAAAAUUACAAAGUUUUAUACUAAAUGAACCAAAUAGUAUAAUUGGGAAAAUUAAAAAAGAAUUAAAUGAUCCAAGUCAAGAGACAGAUCCGGAGUUAAUAAAGUUAUUAGCAUUGCAAUAUUCACUAGAUUAUAUAUCUGUAUUGAAAGAUGAGCUUAUAUUACACUCUGAUUAUGAUUUUACAAAAGUACAAGAUUAUUUGAAACAGAUGAAAGAAAAAGAAAAGAAGUUAGCAGUACUGGAAUCAAAUAUAAAUGAAACUAUAGGGAAUAAUAACAAAACAAAGAAGAAACCUACAAAGAAAGAGACAAAGAAAAGUGUAGGUAGAGGUCCACUUGAUUCAUUUUUUAAAAAAGCAUAA